CGGAAGUGUUGUCGGAGAGAUCGUGGUGAGAGAAGUUCUUGCACUCGCUUUAUUUUGCUGUUUUCCUCACUUAAGGUAAGUGAUUGUCUUUUAUAAGAUUAUAAGAAUAUAUGAAGGCGAGGGUUGUUUUAAGGCAGUAUGCACAGCGAAAUUCAAGCAAAUUCUGCCAUCGUUCAGCUCCGUCGAUGAUUCAGAAACGUAACUCUUUGAAAACAGGAAAAGACAAUCGUUAGGGAUACUGUUUACCUCAACAGUUUACCCGAAUAGAGUCGAAACAUGUCCGUAUGCAUAUUAAAGUGAAUGGGGCUGUUCGGAAAUCUUAACCUUAUUCUUUUUACCUUCAAGCAAAAGCUUUACCCUUCUCCUACUCCGAAGUUAAAUUGUCGCAGCCCAGGCCUAAACACAUAGUAAAACGUCGCGAAGAAGAACCUAGAAUUUAAGAACCUGCUUGCGUAAAUUUGUCAUUUUCAUACUCCAAAAUAUAAGAGCCAGUUUAGCGAAGAAAAAUCAACAGGUUCUUAUAUGUGGGGUGAGAUUACAUUUUCAUAAACAUUUUGAUCAAAAGUCUGGCUUUAAUAGGGGGAAAUUUUUAUUACAUUAUAUAAUAAAUGUAUAAUGUAUACAACCAUUGCUGGAAACUGCAUAUCUUCUAGCUGUUAACCUAGUUUUGUUAGAUUUUUGGUAGAUAAAUGCCUAUUAUCAGGGGCACCCAACGAGAAUAUAGUUCAAAACCACUAAAACAUAGCAUUGGUAAGGUAUUUUAGUAUUUAAACAGUAGAUAUAGGCAUAUUUUUUAUCCCCUAAAAAUGUUUCAUCUGUUCGGAUUUCUUAGCUGAAAGUCUAGUGAUCCGAAAAUUAUAGGGAUCAAAACUCACCUUUUCGAAAAUUUCAGCCAGAAAAAAGGCUCCCGAAAAUUCUAGGUGACCUUUUUAGAGUAAAAAUCCGUUAAAAAUAGGCAAUUAUACCAUAUUUUAGAUGUUCGAAAAUCCUAGGAGAAGCAGGCAAGCAAGAAAUUUUACAACAAAUGUUCCGAAAAUUCUAGCUCUCAAAUCGUCUUCCGAACAGAUUUUUUUCCGAACAUUGUCGUUGGGUGCCCCUGUAUUAUGAAGGAUAAAUACCAUUUAUAGCAAUUUCAUGUGAUCAACAACAGUAUCCUUCUUCAUAAAAAUUAAGAACCUAUUUAGCCUAAACUUCCAGUAAGUUCUCCAAACUAUAAGAAUCUAUUUUGCCAAACUUCAAAAAAUCUAGGUUCUUCUUCGCGGCGUUUUACUGUAUCACGGACAUCACUAUCUUGCCGACUAAAAAGCGAAAAUAAAACAAGCCAAGCGCACGGCUGCACUACUAUCUCAAUAGCUUAGAAGAGGCUAGUCCUCAUCAUAUUGAUAUGGGAUAUGGGAUCUCAGCUCUUUUUUCCAUAGCAGAGUAACCUUACCCUGAAACGUAAAUAUCACUUUCCCAUUUUUACGUCGAUUGUUCUCAGUUGACCUUAGGGCGUGUAUGAGACACGGAAAUAUUUGAUUACUUAGUAGUCUUACUUACUCUUAGGAAAUCAUCGCGCGACAUGUUCUAGCAAAAAUCUUUUUUAGUUUGGUUUAUUGAAUAAAUUUGUUAUUCAGUUUGACUUUCCUAUAUAUCACAUUCAAUUACAUAGCGAACCCCUCUCUUCCUUUUUCGCUUCCAUUUUCCCCCUUUUUCCCAGAAACGCCUGAUACUCAGGCUAACUUCCUGUCCGCACUGACAGUUCACAUUAACAACGAACGAGACACGGCACGUUCAAUUUGAAAAUUUCUCAAAAUAGAAAAUGAACAGAUAUAAACAGUGCAAACCAUUUCUUAUGGAUCAUACUAGCUUAAAUAGUAAUUUGUAAUGAUCAGUAGAAAAUGGAAGAGGACCUGUCAUUUUUUAAACGAAAAAGCCCUAGAGAUGAGCAGCGUGAUCAGAUAGCGGCGCUUUGAAAUAAGAUGAAUUGUGGAGUAUGUGUCAGGUGUCAUGUGGUGAAAAUAGCAAGGAAUCCUUGGACAUAUUGUCGCGGAAAUAAUGAACAAUUAUUCCUCGAGCCCGAAUGGGCUCUGAGUCAACAGCCCAUGAGGGCGAGCGGAAUAAUUGUUUUAGUAAAAUCCACUAGUUGGUAAAAAAUAUCCGAGACAGAAAAACUUCAGCUAGGAAAACGCGAUUCAGCCGUCAUUGUUUUGGUUUUCAAAGCCGGCGCUUUUCGCUACAAAGUGGGCUAUAACAUAUAGCCUAGUAGUAGCUCAACCAAUCAGUACGCAGAAUUGAUAAUAGACCACUACAUGGGUUUUACUAUACUGAUUAGUCUGUCACUUGACAAAUUUAAUCUUCAUUUUAUUUGACUUUUACUUAAUAAAGUGUGACUGUAUUAACACGAUUUUUACGUUUCCCUUUGAAGAUGGGUAUGCCAUUCUCACGCGCAUUCUAAGAAUCGAAAGGAGUAUCAGUUUGGUCCAGCCCCCGGAGAUCGAACCCGUUACCGCUCAACAGCCCAUCGCUCUGAUCUUGCCAACGUGAUUACCGUACUUUGUUAGCCUGACUGUGAGAAUUGGGCCCUUUUAAAAACGUUGAACUUUUCAUGUAACUAACUAAAUACUCAUUUGGGUGGACCCCAAUGACAACAGUUUAAUACACUGCGACCAGUCUCUCUUUUUUUUCAGAUUUAGUAAGAGGAGUGCGUGCGCGCGCGCGCGAGCGUCUCUCCCGUCUCGCGCCUUUCAUCACGCACGUGGUUAUUUUCAUGUCUGGGGCCUUGAGCUCGACAGACUAAGAAACAAGAUAGAUUCUAGUAGUCUAAAUGUUCGACGGUUGAUUCAAACACUUUCUAGUCAAAAUAAAUUAUAACAUUUUUUUCGCAUUUAAAUUCGGCUCACAAAAGUUCGACUUUUUAAACAAAGUUGCUCCACAGUCGAAAUUCAUGUGGGCCACUCGAACGAUUCAAACGUCGAUCUUUUCACAUACUAAACUGAAGGAGUUAGAUUCGAUACGUGAAAAGUUCUACGUUUGAACUGGGCCUUACUUUGAACAUGUUUUCUUCUUCGUUUAUUUUCAGACAAUGGCUUCUCCUAAAGUACUUGUCGAGUGUCAAGUGUGUCGUGAGGUUUAUGAUUAUCGAGACCUUUGCCCUCGUAUGCUGAAAUGUGGUCACAGUUUUUGUACGCGCUGUCUGUGGCAGUUGCUCACUGCAAAUGACAAAAUUCCCUGUCCCACUUGCAGAGUUGAAGUUAACGUACCUCAAGCUGGAGUC